AUGGGGUCGAUUUCUUGUCCGUCGUUCCGGGUGGAAAUUUGGAAUUCAAAAAGACUUAUUUCUCACCCGCCAGCAAAAAUUAUGCGUGCUGCGUUUAGGCGUGGAAGUUAUUCGAAUGCCAAAAAAGUUGAGUUAUGUGAAUACUGUGAACAGCCUGUCGUCGUCAUAGAGCAAGGAACGUCAAUUCCUGAAAAAGAUCAUAGUUCGAUAAGCUUAGUGCGAAGAGUGCUCAAACAUUUCAAGGACCAUAUUAACCAUGUUCCUAACCAUGAUGGUCAUCUGAUUCAUUAUGAACAUAAAUGGGUAGAUUGGCAUAAUAGCAGAGAAGUUUAUGAACCUAUUACCCUUUAUUCUCAUGGUAAACCGUGUGGUCAUCACUCUGGUCAGCACUUUUCAUGGGAUAAAGAUAAUGAAGUUUGGAAAGUUACUCAGGAUUGUGCUGCGAAAAAGGAUGUCGUUUCUUUUAUAAAUUACACAGCAAAGAAGAAGAUGCAGAGUGAAAACGAAGAGAUAAAAAUGAGUGAAAACAAAUGGAUAAAAGUGAGUGAAAACGAAGAGAUAAAAAUGAAUGAAAACAAAGAGAAUAACACUCAAUAA